GUUCUUGCAGUCGCCAUUUUUGCGUCAGACCUAAAGCAUCAUUACAUUUAUUAACCGAUCUGUGUCUACUUGAGAGCAUUACUAUUGUUUUCGUUACUAUAUUUGUGUACUGUUAACUCCCUUCAGUAAUUUAACUCAUUUUCCGAUAUGGGAGAAGACAGCAAAGAUCGUGAUCGUGACAAGGAGAAAGAUAGAGACAGGGAAAGGAGAAGACGCUCUCGCUCUCGUGAACACAAGAAAAGAUCCCGCAGCAGAGAAAGAAGCAGAAAUAGGAAACGUAGUCGAUCUCCACCAGGGUCACCUAAAAAAGAUAAGAGGUCAAGAAGACGAAAGCCGUCUAUGUAUUGGGAUGUUCCUCCUCCAGGAUUUGAACACAUUACGCCCAUGCAGUACAAAGCCAUGCAAGCUGCUGGUCAGAUUCCUGCCAAUUUGGUAACAGAAACUCCUCAGGCAGCAGUUCCUGUUGUUGGGUCCACCAUUACCAGACAAGCCCGACGCUUAUAUGUUGGUAAUAUACCUUUUGGUGUUACAGAGGAUGAGAUGAUGGAGUUUUUCAACCAGCAAAUGCAUCUUUCUGGUCUAGCUCAGGCUGCUGGUAAUCCAGUUCUGGCAUGUCAGAUCAACUUGGAUAAAAAUUUUGCCUUCCUAGAGUUUCGGUCAAUUGAUGAAACUACCCAAGCCAUGGCUUUCGAUGGGAUCAAUUUCAAAGGACAGAGUUUGAAGAUUCGACGACCUCACGAUUAUCAGCCAAUGCCGGGCAUGUCAGAGAACCCCUCUGUAACAGUACCAGGUAUGAGUAUGCCCACAUUCAAUUUUUGUCAGUGCAUUUUUAACAGAUGUUUAGACAUAUAUUUUGGACCAACAUGUAAUAUAAAUAACUUAUUCUUCUUUGCAGCUGGGGUGAUUAGCACAGUGGUUCCUGACUCACCUCACAAGAUUUUCAUUGGAGGCCUACCAAACUACUUAAAUGAAGAUCAGGUCAAGGAGCUUUUGAUGUCAUUUGGUCAACUACGAGCAUUCAAUUUGGUCAAGGACUCAGCUACUGGUCUCAGCAAGGGUUAUGCCUUCUGUGAAUACUUCGAUGUCUCAAUGACAGAUCAGGCAAUUGCUGGUUUGCAUGGAAUGCAACUUGGCGACAAGAAACUUAUUGUUCAGCGUGCAAGUGUUGGAGCCAAGAACGCCCAGAUUGGUCAACAAGCACCAGUUCAAAUCCAAGUACCUGGUCUUACUAUGGUUGGUGCUGCUGGACCAGCUACAGAGGUGCUGUGUUUGCUUAACAUGGUGACCCCUGAUGAGCUUCGGGAUGAAGAGGAAUAUGAAGAUAUUCUUGAUGAUAUUAGGGAAGAGUGCAGCAAAUAUGGUGUUGUUCGUUCACUUGAGAUUCCAAGGCCUAUUGAAGGUGUAGACGUUCCUGGAUGUGGCAAAGUUUUUGUUGAAUUCAAUGGAAUUGGUGACUGCCAAAAGGCACAGCAAAGUCUUACAGGGCGCAAGUUCAACAACAGAGUUGUUGUCACAUCCUACUUUGACCCAGAUAAAUACCAUCGUCGAGAAUUUUAAUUCAUGCAGGAUGAACUGUAUUCAUAUAAUGUAUUUUAGACUGUGAACGUCAUAAAGGUUAUUGAAGCACUGUCAUAAGAAGUAUUGUGCAGAAAUCAUUAGAAUCCAUGAAUUUGAUGGAUGACUGUCCAUAACAGUAAUUGAUUUCAGUUAUUGUAGAUUUGUGAUAAGGAGAGAACCUUUUUGUCUUACCUUUUAUAUAAGUUCAAAUGGAUUUGUAAAAUUGACAUGAUUUUGAAUCAAUCUGAGAAAAUUUUAUUUAGUGGCAGCAUAGUACCUCUGCCAAGUUAACCCUUGUCUAACAUGGUUCUGUUCUCAGAUAUCUAGUGAGUUUGUAGAAUUUAUAUGGUCCUCACUUUUGUUUUAGAUACCAAUAGCACUUAAUUUUUGUCCAUCAGUGUGUGUGUGAUUUACCCUGUGUCCUUUUUAGCAUGAUAAAGCUCAUGAUAUAAAAUGGAACAUCUACAUUAGAACACUUAAUAUUGCAGGUGCAGAAAAUAAAAUUGAAUCUUCCAACAUACAAUGA